AAACACAACCACUCGGUGAGCGAUUACACACGUCUGAAAGAACAGUUAGGUUUGUGUCUUCUGGAAAUCCACAUAGAACACAAUCACUCGGUGAGCGAUUACACACGUCUGAAAACAUGGCGACUUUAGUGGAGGCAACAUCCUCGCAGCAGUUUGAGGACUUGCUAUCAAAGGCUGGCAAGUUCUUGACGGUGGUCCACUUCCAGGCAGCAUGGGCCCCUCAGUGCAGUCAGAUGAACGAUGUGAUGGGAGAGCUGGCAAAGGAGAACAAACACACCAUGUUUAUCAAGCUGGAGGCAGAAGCAGUGCCAGAGGUAUCAGAGAAAUAUGAGAUUACCUCAGUCCCGACCUUCCUCUUCUUUAAGGGUGGCCAGAAGAUUGACAGGCUGGACGGAGCUCAUGCCCCGGAGCUGACCAAUAAGGUCCAGAGGCUGUCGGUCAGCUCGGGGGGGCUGGGCGGGCCAGGGGCGGAGCCCCCUAAAGAGGACCUUAAUGAGCGUCUGAAGAGACUGAUCAACGCAGCACCCUGCAUGCUCUUCAUGAAGGGAUCCCCCCAGGAACCCCGCUGCGGCUUCAGCCGUCAGAUAGUGGCGCUCUUCAAGGACCAUGCGAUCCAGUUCAGCAGUUUUGACAUUCUGUCAGACGAGGAAGUGAGAGGGGGGCUGAAGACCUUCUCCAACUGGCCCACCUACCCUCAGGUUUACGUCAAUGGAGAACUCGUAGGGGGACUGGACAUUGUCAAGGAACUCGCUGAAUCUGGAGAGCUGGAGAACACCUGUCCCAAGGCUGUCACACUGGAGCACAGGUUGAAGUCGACCAUCAACAGGAGUCCAGUCAUGCUGUUCAUGAAGGGCAAUAAAGAGCAAGCCAAAUGUGGGUUCAGUCUUCAGAUACUGGAGAUAAUGAACAGCUCGGGGGUGGAAUAUAGCACCUUUAAUAUCCUGGAAGAUGAGGAGGUCAGACAGGGUCUAAAGACAUACUCAAACUGGCCAACGUACCCUCAGCUAUAUGUCAAUGGGGAACUCAUUGGCGGGCUGGACAUUGUGAAGGAGCUUAAAGAGAGUGGAGACCUUCCUUCUGUCCUGAGGGGUGAAUGCUAGAUUCCUGUAGUACUAUUACUGUGAUGGGAAUGAGCUAUGGACUACUGCACUCUUCCUUCCUCUCUCUACCCUCCUCUUCCUCUCUCUAUCCUCCUCUUCCUCUCUCUCUACCCUCCUCUUCCUCUCUCUCUACCCUCCUCUUCCUCUCUCUACACUCCUCUUCCUCUCUCUCUACCCUCCUCUUCCUCUCUCUACACUCCUCUUCCUCUCUCUAUCCUCCUCUUCCUCUCUCUCUACCCUCCUCUUCCCCUCUCUAUCCUCCUCUUCCUCUCUCUACCCUCCUCUUCCUCUCUCUACCCUCCUCUUCCCCUCUCUACCCUGCUCUUCCCCUCUCUAUCCUCCUCUUCCCCUCUCUAUCCUCCUCUUCCUCUCUCUAUCCUCCUCUUCCUCUCUCUACCCUCCUCUUCCCCUCUCUACCCUGCUCUUCCCCUCUCUAUCCUCCUCUUCCUCUCUCUAUCCUCCUCUUCCCCUCUCUAUCCUCCUCUUCCUCUCUCUAUCCUCCUCUUCCCCUCUCUAUCCUCCUCUUCCUCUCUCUCUACCCUCCUCUUCCCCUCUCUACCCUGCUCUUCCCCUCUCUACCCUGCUCUUCCCCUCUCUAUCCUCCUCUUCCUCUCUCUAUCCUCCUCUUCCUCUCUCUAUCCUCCUCUUCCUCUCUCUCUACCCUCCUCUUCCCCUCUCUACCCUGCUCUUCCCCUCUCUAUCCUCCUCUUCCUCUCUCUAUCCUCCUCUUCCCCUCUCUAUCCUCCUCUUCCUCUCUCUACCCUCCUCUUCCUCUCUCUACCCUCCUCUUCCUCUCUCUAUCCUCCUCUUCCCCUCUCUACCCUCCUCUUCCCCUCUCUAUCCUCCUCUUCCCCUCAUCUUCCUCUCUAUCCUCCUCUUCCUCUCUAUAUCCUACUCUUCCCCUCUCUACCCUCUGCCCUCUUCAUUCCCCUCUCUAUCCUCCUCUUCCUCUCUAUCCUCCUCAUCCUCUAUAUCCUACUCUUCCCCUCUACACUCUUAGAACGUCCUUAACCUCCCACUUAAAGUCAACAAGGUCACAGCGAAUGCAGUCCUCUGUCACAAGGGAUGAAAUACGUGGUAUAUUAUCCAUCCAUUGAUUUCUGAACAUGGCUCAGGUGUCCAAAUAAACCCGAUUGAUCAAAGUGCAUUCUGCCACCAGCUGCAAAUAUAAUAAAGUCAUCCAUGAUGCAA